CAACAUUUGCAUUAUUCUAACAAAAAAAGAUAAUUAUAGAUUUUAUAUAUAAUAGCUUAUCCCCAAAAUGCUGAGAACAACAACAACAUGAAAGUUAAGCUGAAAAGUUGGACUGCUGUAGCUACAUGGCGAUGGGUUGCUAAUGACGACAAUUGCGGAAUCUGUCGUAUGGCCUUUGAUGGUUGCUGUCCUGACUGUAAACUACCUGGUGAUGAUUGUCCUUUAGUUUGGGGUGAAUGUUCACACUGUUUUCACAUACACUGUAUUGUCAAGUGGCUCAACUCUCAACAAGUUCAUCAACUCUGUCCUAUGUGCAGACAAGACUGGAAAUUCAAGGAGUGAAUUCAUAUAUACCUGUUCUUAAAACGUUCUUAAUUUGUAAAGGAACUUGUAAACAUUUGAAGGAUUGUCUGUCAUUUUU